AUGCUUACCCAAUGGGCUGUCAAUCGGGUGGGAGGGGUGCUAGAGAAAGAGGGGGAGGCCGUUAAGUCGAGUCGUGUUCUCCUGACGGAAUCUAAUGGUAUCACGGCUCAAUUCCUUGCGGACUUCAGUUACACUUCUACCCUUCAGAAGAUCAGUCAACACAUACCAGUAACUCUUGAGGUCUUGCGUCGGUUUGCCACAACAAAGCGACAGAAAGAGGAAUGCGGAGGGGCAUAUUUUGAGCAUAAGGAGUUUGUUAUACAACAGGCAGCACUCACACUACUGGGCGAACGUAGUAUCCGCAACUCACUCUCACGACAUGUCCUUGGCCUUUAUAUGUAUGCCGGAGGGGCUUCACGCCAGCUCAUCACUAUCUUCAAUCGGCUCGGAAGUUCAGUGAGCUAUGUUACAUUGGCAGGUAGAGGACACAAGGGCCUCACCGAGGAUACAUGGCCGAGGCAAUUGGGAACCUUGGAAGUCCUUUCGCAGUCAGUCCGAGCAGCAACACGCAAGAUAGCGAAGACGUCGCCGUUCCUCGUGGUGUACGACAACAUCAACAUGAUGUGGAGGGUUGCGGAGCAGGUUAUGGGAAGAAAGGAUACCCAAGAGAAUGGGACUUGCGCAACUCUCAUUCCACUCUGGAACACGUCCUGGGAUGACCUGCAGACCGCUGACCUCGUUGAAAACGCGGACAAGGCACACAACCUGAAACUAAAGGACUUACGCCUUACUCGAGGAGAAGACAAUGCCCUGUACGAGUCACUCGUUCAUUGUGUUAUGCGGAUCGUUGUUCGCUAUGGUGGGCCGCAACUUGCUCACCUGACACCCGAGGUCCUUCAAUGUAUGCCCGCAUCCGAGCAUCGGAUUGAGGUGCACAAGACCGACAUAUACCCCCUCCCUGCUAUGGAUAUAGAUGAGUCUUCAACACUGGGAAACUUAAACGUACUGAAGACGGUCUUCCGCGAGCUGCACCUUGAUGACUCGAGCACCGACUUUGCACAAACAGUGAAGUUCAUUGCCGGGGAUCAGUCAACUAUUGCAAGAGACCGGGUGAUAGAGGCGACACGAGCAGGGAAUGAGGGUGGUGCGGGCGCUCUCAGGUGGGCUGUCUGGAUGCCAGGACUAUUUCACUACAAGAUGGCGGCGACGCACGCAAUCAUGAUCACCCACCUCGGUUUACCAAAUCACGACCUAUCGAACCCAGCCUCUCUCUCCGCACAUAACGCCAUCCUCCAGCGCAAAGUGGUUCUCCCAUCUGCACUCCCGCCUUUCCGUACAUGCCGGGACUUGGCUUUUGUGUCGCUAUAUGCGCGGGUGCUUCACUGCAUGCUGCUUGUGUCAGGCAAGGCCACGCUCGAAGAGCUGGCUAAUGGACUCACACUCGAAGGUCUUCGGCAGCACGCUGACACUGUGGUUUCCAAGUACACUGAUGCUGGAUGGGCUGAGACACUUCGGGAGGAGCGAGAGGACGGUUUGGGCGGAGAUAUGGUUUUCGAGAGUGCCUUGCUCUUCUUGCGCGAUGCACUUCUGCUGCGGGAAUUCACUGACGCCAUCAAGAUUGGUGAUUCUGGUCGCGUUGUGAACGUUCUGAAGGUGUGGGUGAUGAGUUAUCGUGGGGCUGGGAGGAAUAAGUAUGCGUAUGAAACGAUGGUAUUGAUCCACAACAUACAGAACGUGUGGCCGGAACGAAUCAAACGCGCCAUCUUCGACAACUGGCUCGCUAACCCGACCGGACGGGCAAACGCAUUCGUAGAGGUGGACUUGGUGCAGGAGCACCUUAAUUUUUGGACUAAGAAUUACUAUCAAGCACACGGGUCAAACGCCUCCUGGGAAUGGUUGCGAGUAAUUGCACCAUGCGUGGAUGUCCUACGCAAGCUUGCGACAAACAUACAUGCAGCCAUUGGAGCGAAGCAGGGGACACGUCAUGCAAUACCCAACCUUUCCGCCGACAUCAAGGUUCUCAUGGACUCACUGGCCCUUCACCAGGUAUACCAAAUCCGUGAUGGCCGAACGUUCAGCAGCGAAGAGUCACCGCCAGUUGACGUCGUUUCUGCAGGUACGGAAAGCCUUGCAUUCGGGACAACUAAUCCGCUAUAUCAGUUUAACGAGCACCAGCGACGUCUUCAGACAAGACGUCGCACGAUUCCGCUCACUGGCCCCAAAGCAGCGGCUCAUCAACCCAUGCAUAACAGCCCCGCAACACCCCGCCAGGCAGCGUCCGUAGCCGGCAACGCUAGGGAUAAUGUCGACUCAACGGACACGUUGGACGCGCAUAUGGGUCUCGAGAUAGAGAUAGAUACAGCCCCCGAACUUGGUGGGUCUGUGAGCACGGGCGACGAUGAGGAUGACUCGGAGCUGCAGACAGGGGCUACAGGUACGUUGAUUCACCCAGAGUUGUUGCAUGUCUGA